CCCACUUCUUCAGUCUUAUGUGUUUUGUGCCUGAAAGUAAAAGAGACAUGUGGAGUUGUCAUGCGGUGACGUGUUGAUUUUUUAUUUUGAAGAGAAUACGAUCUUGUAGUUGGUGUAGAUAUAAUUUUUGAAAAUAUGUUGGAUUUAUUCACCAUUUUCAGCAAAGGAGGCAUUGUGUUAUGGUGUUUCCAAAGCACUAAUCAAAUAUUCACGCCUUCUGUGAAUGCUCUGAUAAAAAAUGUUAUUUUACAGGAAAGAACUGGACUGAAUACUUUUGAUCAUAAUGGGUUGUCUCUACAAUACAAACUGGACAAUGAGUUUGACCUGGUAUUUGUUGUGGCCUAUCAAAAAAUUCUGCAGCUUUCCUAUGUGGAUAAAUUUUUGAAUGAUAUACACUUGGAAUUUAGAGACAAAUACAAAAAUGAACUAUCAGAUGGUCAGAUUUUUAAUAAUUUUAGCUUUGUCGAUAGCUACAAUAAAACUUUACAAAAAGCUGAAGAAUGGGCAAAUUGUCAAGCUAGACAACCAAAACAGAUGAGAACAUUUGAAGAAUCAUUAAAAUCAAAGAAAACUGUUGCAUCUAUGAUAGAAAAGAAAGGUGAAGAAAAAAGUACUGUAAAAGCUGUGAAGAAAAAAGAGGUAAAUUUUGUUGAUGAAGGUGUUAAAGUAUCUCCUCCUGCAUCUCCAAAGCCAGCUGGAAAUGGAUUCUUAGAUGAAGACACACUUGCAGCUAAUAGAGCUAGAUUAGCUAAGAAAAUGCAGCAGAAGAAGGGAAAAGGUGAUGCAAAGAAAAGCCCUAAAAGCCCCACAAGCCAUACACCUGAAAAAGCUGGAAAGAAACCAAGGGUCUGGGAUUUGGGAGGCACAAAUAAAGACUUGCAGACCCUUGAACGCACUUUGGAUAAGCCUGAAGAUGCUAAAGAUAACUUUACUCCAGAUACAGAGAUGAUAGGACAAAUGAAGGGUGUUAUUAAAGACCUAGAAGUUGAGUCCUCAGAUGAAGAAUCUGAGGAGGAAGAAGAAGUAGAAAUAGAAACAAAGAAUCAAAAACCAUCAAGAGGAGGCAUGUUUUCUAUUUUUAAGGGAUUAGUGGGAUCCAAGAACCUAACUAUGGCUGAUAUGGAGCCUGCUUUAGAGAAAAUGAAGGACCACUUGAUUGCUAAAAAUGUUGCAGCUGAUAUAGCCGCCAAAUUGUGCGAAUCGGUAGCAGCCAAGCUUGAAGGCAAGGUGCUGGGUACUUUCGAAAGUGUCGCAUCAACUGUUAAAACUACUUUAACAGAAUCUCUAGUGCAAAUUCUAAGUCCUAAAAGGAGGGUUGAUAUUUUGAGGGACUGUCUGGAGGCGCAGAAGCAGCAGCGGCCAUAUGUUAUGACAUUUUGUGGUGUGAAUGGUGUUGGUAAAUCCACCAACUUGGCAAAAAUUUGUUUUUGGCUAAUUGAAAAUAACCUAAGAGUAUUGAUAGCUGCAUGUGAUACGUUCAGAGCUGGUGCUGUUGAACAACUUAGGACGCAUAUGCGUCAUCUUAAUGCUUUACAUCCCCCUGAAAAACAUGGAGGCAGACAAAUGGUUCAGCUAUAUGAAAAAGGAUAUGGAAAAGACGCUGCUGGAAUAGCUAUGGAAGCCAUAAGGUUCGCUCGAGAUUCAAAAUUCGACGUCGUUUUGGUUGAUACAGCUGGAAGGAUGCAGGACAAUGAGCCACUGAUGAGGGCCUUAACGAAGUUGAUAAAGGUAAACGAGCCAGAUCUUGUCCUUUUUGUUGGAGAGGCGCUGGUCGGAAAUGAGGCUGUUGAUCAACUUGUUAAGUUCAACCAAGCAUUAGCUGAUUAUUCUUCCAAGGUCAACCCUCACCUAAUUGACGGUAUUGUACUAACCAAGUUUGACACAAUCGACGAUAAGGUGGGAGCAGCUAUAUCAAUGACGUACAUCACUGGUCAACCGAUUGUUUUUGUCGGUACAGGUCAAACAUACACUGACUUAAAGGCUUUGAAUGCCAAAGCGGUCGUUCAUGCUCUUAUGAAGUAAGCAUAUACGUUAUGUAAAAGAUUGUCUUUAAAUGUAUUCUCUGUUACUGGUGAGGCAUAAUAUUACACAGUCCUCGCAAUUAUAUCUAGGUUUUUGUUUACUAUUUAUUUGAGGAACUAUACUAUGCUUUGUAUAAUGAACCUGAUCUAAAAUUCACAAUGUAUUCAGGGUAUCACAGUGAAAUAAAAAAGAACAGAAUUGUUUAUAAAAAAAUUGCUGUGGAUUGUCAGUAUUGCACCACUCCAGUAACAGAUAAAAGAAAUGGAACUAAGGGCUGUUUAUAAUAUAGCAGAUGUUAUACUAAUGAAAUUUGGACCUCUAUUGAAACUAGUUUUCAUGCAUUUUCAUUAUUUUUGUGUUGUUACUUCGUUGUUUCCACUUUUUUUAUGUACAUUAUUUUGUUGAUUAAGUUUAUCGUGGAAUCAGUUGUUAUAUAUAAUUUAUAUUUUUUAUAAUGUGCCUAGAUAAUAUUUUAUUGAAGAAUUGUAUAUAGGUGAAUGAAAAAAUUGAACUGUCAUUAUUUAAUUUGUCUUUAUGUGCUUGGAACGCCCAUCCCACAAAAUAUUACAGUCAUGAAUAUGUUAUCCAAGGAUAGAGGGUUUCUCAAAUUACUUCGCAACAAAAAAAUAUGGACAGUUCUCGUGGUCGAUGAGCCUAAGUAGUAUUAAAAACCGCGGGCGCAAAAACUACUUUACUGACUAGGACUGUGAUGAAGCACGAUAGCUGAACAAAGGCACUUGAUAUACACAUUAUGUACGCUUUACCAGUCGGUCAUAUAAAGUGUGUUCCAUCUAUUGCUUCUUUUUACAACUACCAUUUUUUGACAUGUUAAAUGUGUCAACUGCCAUGUGUUUAGCACAUAUGAACUGUCAAAGGUCUGCCAUUUGUUAUUAUGGAUUCUUUAACAACGCAAGAACGCAUUUUGGUCGUCCAAAAAUAUUACGAAAACGGACGAUCUUUAAAAAGUACUUUUCGCAAACUUGAUGAAUUUGGCCGACAUAAUCGUCCCACACAGCGUGGAAUUCGAUGGAUUAUCAAUCGUUUUGAGUAAACUGGCUCAGUUGAAGGUCGUAGAACAUAUCAACAUGCCCGUCCGGUACGUACACAUGAAUCAGUGGCCGCUGUGAGUGAAAGUGUUUAUGAACAGCCAUCAACUUCGAUAAGACACCGUUCGCAAGAAUUGGACAUCAGGCCAACAUUAUGGAGGAUUUUGCAUGUUGAUCUCCACCUCCACCCAUACAAGAUCCAACUAACUCAACAAUUGAAGCCAGCGGACCAUCAGUAACGGCGUAUUUUUGUCAAUUGGAUGCUUGAAAAAGGAGAGGGAUUUUCUGCUAAAACCAUCUUUUCUGACGAGGCACAUUUUUACCUCAGUAGCCACGUAAAUAAGCAAAACCGUAGGAUUUGGUGUUUUGAAAAUCCACAUCCAUGAUCAACCUCUUCAUGAUCAAAAAGUAACCGUUUGGUGCGGAUUAUGGGCUGGUGGCAUCAUUGGACCGUUCUUUUUCGAGGAUGAAGAAGAAACAGCCGUUACGGUCACCGCCGAUCGUCAUCGUAGUAUGAUAACGGAUUUUUUUUCGGUCGAAAUUGGUAGUGAUGCCUACGACCUUUGGUUCCAGCAAGACGGUGCAACUUCGAACACAGCUCGACAAACAAUCCAGUUAUUGGCGGAAAAAUUCCAGAUCGCAUUAUUUCAAGAAAUUCCAACGUGAAUUGGCCCCCAAGAACGUGCGACAUAACGCCACUGGACUAUUUUCUCUGGGGAUUUUUGAAAAGUAAAGUCUACGCGACUGCCCACGGACGAUUCAAGACCUUAAACGCAACGUUUGCAUCGAAAUUGCGUGGACCCGCUAAUACUGCGAAAAUUUUGAUGUUCAGAUGAUGGCACGUCAACGGAGCCGCGGUGGACAUAAUUAUGUGCGAUGUUAUAAUCCAUACAUGAAUGGCAACGACCGACCUACAAUUUUCAAUAAAGAGUUCGGUUUCACACUCAUUAAAAGUGUGUUUUUUUAGAUUAAAAAAAGAAGGAACGGAUUGAACACCCUAUAUAAAUUCAUUUCAUUUUUCUCUAUCCUGUAAAAAAUAAUGUAUUUCAUGCGAAAAAGUCGCAACUCAGCACCCUCCGGCCGUGGUUAAGGAGGCCAUGCAUAAAGAAUUUGUGUUUUGAGAAUCAUGAUGCUCCAAACCCCCUCACACACAUCAGUUGUCACGAGGAGAUCCCCUUCAUCCUUAGGGCGAAUGUCACACGAUCAGUACUUUUUUAAAGGGAAUCAUCAAGAUUUAUUAACCGUGUGGCCAGAAUGUCAGUAAUUAUACUAAGUGACAUAUAAAUCCGAACAGCCAGUUUAAAUGGUUUUAUUUUAUUAAAAUUUUGUAUAAGUACUUAAUGAAGC